AUGGAAGACGCGCCCAUCUCAAACGUUAUGCUAAUAGGAGCGGGAGGGUUAGGUUGUGAAAUCAUCAAGAAUCUAGCAAUCCUUGGUGUACGGAACAUAACCAUUGUCGAUCCAGACACAGUUGAGUUACAUAAUCUAACGCGGCAGUUCCUAUACAGGCGUAACAAUGUCGGUAUGUACAAAGCGCAAGUGGCUGCGCAGAGAAUCACGGAGCAUAGCAAACAUAUCACGGCGAACUACAUCAAUCAGGCAAUACAAAAUGUGCCACUGACGACGAUCGCAAAGUCCGACGUCAUCAUAUCGGCCGUAGACAAUGUAGAAGCAAGGAGGUGGAUCAACCUCGCCACGAUGGUCAUAUGGCAGAAACGCGGAAACAAUGUGAACUUCGAUUCGCAACGGGUGGGAAAUCCACUGCCCAUACUCAUAGAUGGAGGAUCACAAGAGCUCUAUGGCCAUGUGAGGGUUGUGAGCGGGCGCGACCAGCCCUGCCUUGAGUGCUCUCUACCCCUAUUCAGUGACGAAGCUUAUCAACCCUCUUGCUCAAUACCGAAGGAGCCCAAGUCACCGGAGGACUGCGUUAGAUAUGUCAUUAGCCACAUGUUUGAGGAUUUUACAAAUGAACGUGCGGAGGUAAAACUGCCGUCAAACACGAAACCUAUCUCUACGGUGCAGGGCAUGCGCCACGCAGAGAUCGUGGACCGUGUAUACGAGGAAGCACGUAAAUAUGCGAAUGCAUAUGGCAUUGAAACCGUCACCAUGGCUAUGGUGCGCAAGAUACUGAACAGAGGCGCAAUCAACGUUAACACAACGAACGCCAUCAUAGCCGCCGUCAUUGCGCAUGUUGCUGUUAAUCGGGACGCCACCAAAAACUUCUAUUUCUACAGCGGAGACGGCAAUUCCGUGCUAGACGGUUUCACCAUGCAGAAGCAAGAGGACUGCACGCUGUGCAAAUGCAAGGUCAUCACUUUGCAAACCGACUGCCAGCAAACCCUUAAGCAACUGAUCGAUCAAAUAGAGUGCAUCACGCAUUCCAAAAACAUAAAUAUCACUACGAAAAAGGGGGCCGUCUACUUAGGAUCGUCCAGCCAUCUCCGCGAACUAUACAAUAUCAGACUGCAUCAGACGCUUGACGAACUGAAGGACAUACUGGAUGAGAAUAUGUAUGUCACCACACCAGCUGGCGAAGCCUGGUACUACGUUCACAUGCAGCAGUGUCAUAACUUAUGCUGCAAAAACCCAUAA